AUGUGCCAUCAAAUCAACUAUACCCUCCCUUGCGAGCACGUCCGCACCCAUACUGUCUACUGCCCAGACGCAACAAAGAGCAAGUCUAGCAGCAGCAGCAGUAGCAGUAGCAGCAGUAGCAAAAACAACAAAAACUCAUCGUCCAAAUCGUCAUCAAAAUCGUCAUACAAAUCAUCGCUCGGUAAGAGCGGCGGCAAGUCAUCCUCGGCACCAUCGGGCUCCUCGUCCAGUAGCAAGAAGCCGUGCAAGAACCUGACUCAGCAGUCGCUGCCAUACCCGACUCCGCCGUCGUUCGCGGGUAGCCCGAUGACGGCAGCGAGUUCGCCUCUGGUGCCAAAGUGCCCACUCGAGAGCUGCCCCUUCGAGGCCAAGAAUCGGUGCUGGAACUGCUGCUGGUGUGGUAAGGAGUGGAAUGAAGCAGGGCGGUGCAGCUGCAUCAUGAUCAUUGAAGGCAACCACGUUCAGUGCGAGCACAUUUGCUGCCACAACUGCGAGGCCGCCUGGCAGCAAUAG